AUGCUCCCCAUCGUACUACGUCCAUUUGUGCGAGGAUGGCAAGUGGUCCCCACUGCUGCGAUUACAACAUCUGCUCCAGCCGGCGAGGCCAAACAGAGUUUGAAAAAGCCUACUAUCCUGAAACUCGACGAGGAGAAACGGAAGCGCCUAGCGAACUUUGGUCGCUAUGCAGCUGAAUGUCUUCCAAAAUUUGUUCAGCAAGUACAGUUUGCUGCUGGAGAUGAACUGGAACUACUCAUUCACCCUUCGGGUGUUAUUCCCGUGCUGUCAUUUUUAAAAGGGAAUCACUCGGCGCAGUUUACGAAUCUUACGUUUAUUUGUGGUGUUGAUGUUCCAACGAGAAAAAACCGCUUUGAGGUCGUUUAUUCCCUGUUCUCACCCAGAUUUAUGGCUCGCUGCCGUGUCCGCACUUACACCGAUGAAGUUGCUCCUUUGGAAUCAGCAACUAGCGUUUUCAGGGGAGCAGAUUGGUACGAACGUGAAGUAUAUGAUAUGUAUGGUGUUUGGUUCAACAAUCAUCCGGAUUUGCGCCGAAUACUUACGGAUUAUGGUUUCGAAGGGCACCCGUUUCGCAAAGACUUUCCUCUUUCUGGAUAUAACGAGGUACGAUAUGAUCCAGAAUUGAAACGCAUCGUGUACGAACCGACUGAGCUUGCUCAAGAAUUUCGGAAAUUCGACUUGGAAACACCCUGGGAGAUAUUUCCCGCUUUUCGUGAAUCUUCAAUAACCAGUGGGUACGAAAAGAUCCAUGUUGACAGAGAACCGGAAGCAAAGUAG